AUGGAUGCUUGGAGGAGCAGAGAUAACUCCGAAGCUUCUGGAAGUGAAUUAGACGAUAAGAUGGUAGCAUUGAAUACUGUUAUAGAACAAAUGGCCGACUUCGGCAUCCAAAUAGACAUAGAUGAAAAUAGUUCAACAACAGUAAACAUCCCUGCUGCAAUUGCAACCGCUUUGCGAGGUAUAGCCUUGGUUUACGAAUCAAUAAAAGACUGUGAAUUUCUACAGGUUUUGAUUAAAUCCAUUCCAGUUGUAAAUACCAUAUUCAAUGUCGUGUCCUAUCUUCCGAAAAUAGCAAAGGUGAUCGAAAAAAUAUUGUCAACAUUUUGGGGAGGCACAGGAAACAGUGAUGUUGGAAUCGUAGUCAGGAGCGCUAUCGACGAUGCCUUAGAGAGGUAUGAUGACGAACAAAUAAACACCAAGGCUGAAGCCUGUAUCCAAUCGUUCCAACAUACACAACAGUACUUGCGUGGUCUGCAGUCUAGCGAGCGUAUCACGGAGUCUGACAUACAUGCAUUGCAGCCCCGCAAUAUGGCAGAAAACAAGGAUGCAUUCAUAUGUGAGCUUAAGAUAAGAAUUGAACGUCUCUUCAAGUCGUAUGAUUGCUCCGCGGACAAGGAUUCAAACACAGCCAGGAAAAUUCUCACAUACUUGCAGCUGUACUGUCAACUCAUUGUUGUAAAGCAAGUGAUAUUGUUUUACCUGGUGUGCAUCAUUCAGAGAGCAAGUGAUCAACUUGAUGGAACAAUAGCGGCAAUAAGUAAUUGUCUUAGAUCUUACAGAAACGACGCAGAGAGAUUACUAGCAAAGCUAGCAAACCCUAACGAAAUGACUUCAGUCGUUUUAGCAAUACUUGAUCCGGAUGAAAUGCCGUUUUUGCACAAAUACAUGUCAGAAUUGAACAUCUAUCAGAAUCUAGAUUAUUUGAAAACCCGACCAAUUACGAUGGCAACACAGCGAUAUCCAGAAUAUGAUGCUGUACGAUUACUUCAAUCUAGAGGGUUACCCACAUUCAAAAGAUAUGUUCGAGGCAAAAAGGAACUAAAGGCUUCAAAUGAGAGCCAUUUUGUGUUGGAAAAGGCGGAAGAUGGGAACUAUUUCAGCAUCAGGCUUGAUCACGACACUCGAUCAAUAUGUAUGCAUGUUGAUUCUAGCGUAGAUCACUGGCUAGUUGGCAUAGAUAGAAUACCGGGUAUCGAGCGUAUUCCUGGAAUAAAAGACAGUCACACUUUGCAGCUUUGGGGAAUUUCAGGUGCACCAGGGAAGGAUUGUGUGUUUAAAAUAAUUCGACUUCCAGACGGUAGCCAUUUGAUCUCUCCUCGACAGUAUCCCCGCUAUUUCCUUGCCAUGUCAAGGCAGUUCCAUAAAUACAUACACGGUGUGUUUAACGACCAGGAUCAAAGGUCACACUGGGAAUUUGAUUAG